CUCUCCAACUCAUAUAUACAGUAAGCAAUAGGCUCACUCCACAUCCCACAUCAAAUUUCGAAGCCCUCCUGUACUCUCUCUCUCUCUCUCUCUCUCUCUCUCUCUCUCACUGAAAGCCAUGAGAAAGCUCACUCCACCUCACACUCUUCUUCUUCUUCUUCUUCUUCUGUUUGUCCCCAUUUUGGUUUCUGCAGAAUGCACAUGUAGCAAAGAAACCCAACACCAUGACAAGGUCAAGGUUCUCAAGUUCAAGCUAGUUGCAAUAAGUUCAAUCCUCAUAGCCAGUGUGCUUGGUGUCUCUCUGCCAAUGUUGGGCAAGAAAAUCCCAACUCUGCGCCCCGAAAACGAUAUCUUCUUCCUGAUCAAAGCCUUUGCUGCUGGCGUGAUUCUAGCAACAGGGUUCAUCCAUGUCUUGCCUGAGGCAUUUGAGAGCUUGACAAGCCCCUGCCUCAGCCAAACACCAUGGGGGAAUUUCCCAUUUUCCGGCUUCAUUGCAAUGCUUUCGGCUAUUGGGACGAUGAUGAUCGAUACCUUUGCCACUAGUUAUUACAGAAGGUCACAUUUCACUAAAGCACUGCCAGUGAAAGAGGAUGAGGAGAUGCAUGGGGUGCAUGAGGGUCAUGUGCAUGUUCAUACUCAUGCCACACAUGGUCAUGCCCAUGGAUCCGGCGCGAUUUUACCUGAGGAUUCAGCUUCAUCUUUGGAGCUUAUUAGGCAUCAAGUGAUAUCACAGGUUCUGGAGCUUGGGAUUGUGGUUCAUUCAGUCAUCAUUGGGAUAUCUUUAGGUGCCUCUCAGAGUCCCAGAACAAUCAAACCUCUGGUAGCAGCUUUGACUUUCCAUCAAUUUUUUGAAGGCAUGGGCCUUGGUGGCUGCAUCUCUCAGGCCAAAUUCAAGUUCAGGGCCAUUGCAACCAUGGUGCUUUUCUUCUCCCUCACCACCCCAAUUGGAAUUGGUGUUGGAAUGGGAAUAUCAAACAUUUACAAUGAGAGCAGCCCAACUGCUUUGAUUGUGGAAGGGGUUUUCAACUCUGCUUCAGCUGGGAUUCUAAUAUACAUGGCUCUGGUUGACCUUCUAGCAGCAGAUUUCAUGAACCCUAGAAUGCAAGGCAAUUUAAGGAUCCAGCUUGGGGCUAAUAUUUCACUUCUUUUGGGUUCUGGCUGUAUGUCACUCUUGGCCAAAUGGGCCUAAAUGCUUCAAUGCAAUGAGGGCUAGAUGUAUGGUACAUAGGUUUAGUGAGCAUAAUCCCUCUUAGGCAUGCUCUUUUGUAUGUUUUUGUUUUGUUUUUGUUUUGUUUUUAGGCUUCUGUGUUUACUUUCAUCUUGAAAUGUCUAGUGGAAAUUUGGUAAAUGU